CUAGAGAGAGAAAGAGAUGGGCAUGUUGGAGAUAGAAAGAUCGUGGUCUAGAGAGAGAAAGAGAUGGGCAGGUUGGAGAUAGAAAGAUUGUGGUCUAGAGAGAGAAAGAGAUGGGCAGGUUGGAGAGAGAAAGAUUGUAAUAUUGAAGAAGGUGCAAGAUUACAGACGAGUCAAACCGCCUAUAUUCAUGCUUUUAGGGCAACUAAGAGGAAACUAACAUGGCACGUUUAGAGAGAGGAAGAGACAUACACAGGAGGUAGGGGGCUUAUCGCCUUAUUGGUGACAGAAGAGAGAGAGAGUCUUAAAAAGGCCCAGGCCAUCAUAAAAUUAGAGUUGAAUGAACCUCUUCCCUCUUUCUCUCUCUAACAUCUCCACCCACCGGCUUCAUCCAAGACCCAUAACAUAGAAUGGAUAUUCUCCUUUCUCUCUCCAACAUCUCUCUACCCACCUGCUCCAGCCAAGAAAGAAAACCCAUAACAUAAUUUGGGGAAUCAUUUUUGUUUCUCUCUCUAACAUUUCUCUACCCACCUGGUCCACCCAAGAAAAGGAAAACCCAUUAUAUAGGAUGAUUAGAGCAUGGAGGUGGUAUCAGAAAUGUCUCUCUCUCUAUCCUGUUAGGACCCAGAUCAUCAGCUCUGGGAUUCUUUGGGGCAUUGGAGAUGUUUCUGCUCAGGCUGUGACCCAUUACACAAAAUCCCAAAAACAUCAUCAAGAUCAUGAAGAUAGAGAAGGUUUUAGAAUCAACUGGAAAAGAGUGGGUGUUACGAGCAUGUUUGGCUUUGGAUUUGUUGGACCACUCGGGCAUUACUGGUAUGAGGGAUUGGACCGAGUUAUGAAGAAUCGGUUUCGGCUCCCUCCCAAAUCAUUACGGUUUGUGGCCUCAAAGGUUGCCAUAGAUGGGCUCAUUUUCGGUCCCCUGGACCUUUUUGUGUUUUUCUCAUAUAUGGGUUUUUCAACUGGCAAAACUGCUGCCCAAGUGAAAGAGGAUGUCAAGAGAGACUUUAUCCCUGCUUUUGUUUUGGAGGGAGCGAUCUGGCCCGCUGUUCAGAUGGCGAAUUUUCGCUUCGUCCCCGUGCGAUACCAACUUCUCUAUGUCAACAUAUUUUGCUUGCUGGAUAGUGCUUUCUUGUCAUGGGUUGAGCAGCAAAAAGAUGCUCCCUGGAAACAGUGGUUCACAUCUUUCUUCACUCUUGAAGAACAGGAGAGCCAAAGCUAAUUGCUACCGCAUGAGAAUGGGUCCCUUUUUCAAUGCAUGCUUCAUUUAAAUUUGAGCUAAUUCAAUCUUCUAUCAUGGCUGGAUGUGUUUUUUGUUUGGGGUAAAAUGACAUGGAUGAUGGAGUCAUGGGAUACCAUUUGUAAUCCAUAGCCAUUAAACUUCGUCCCUCCCUUUACUCAAGGGAAUGAAAGGAACAUGAUUAGGUUCAUUUUUAUAGCAUUACAAUGUGGGGUUGGAUCCCAUUUGUAACAUAAUGAUGGUAUUCAUGUGACGUAGAAAUAAGAAUAAUGAGAAGUGAAAAGUACAAUCUUUUUGAGGA